GUGUGUGUGUGUGUGUGUGUGUGUGUGUGUGUGUGUGUCAAAUCACUGACUCAAACCGAUCUGUAUUCAGCACGAGGCAUACGGACAGUGUUUUCUAACAGAUGUUGUGUCGUGUCUCUGUCCCAGCUGACAGCGCAGCAGAUUGCCAUCCAGCAGCAGCUCCUUCAGAUGCAGCAGCAACAUCUCCUCAACCUCCAGAGACAGGGCCUGCUGUCCGUCCUACCCAACAGCCCCAUCGCACUCACAGGCUGUGAUGGUAGCACUCUGUCCACCGGUGGAGACCCCAGAGAGUCUUCCAGUCAACAAUCAUCUACCAACGGUCUUCACAGUUUGCUGAGGAGGAAAGAAAGCGGGUCACUGGAUCUGGAGAUCACACAGAAUAGCCACGCCCUCUAUGGAAACGGCAUGUGUAAAUGGCCCGGCUGUGAGACUGUGUUUGGAGACUUUCAGGCAUUUCUCAAGCAUUUGAAUGGUGAACAUAUACUGGAUGACAAGAGCACAGCACAGUGCCGUGUGCAGAUGCAGGUGGUUCAGCAGCUGGAACUGCAGUUGAAGAAGGACAAAGAGCGGCUGCAGGCUAUGAUGGCUCAUCUCAAGUCCUCUGAACCCAAACCCACAGCGCAGUCUGUGAAUCUGUUGCCUCUGUCCUUCUCCCAGGCAACAAUGCCCAAAGGGCCUCCUCAGAUGAGUUUGUCUCAGAGUGCCACGGCUCCCUCCACCCCCCUGACGCCGCUCUCUGAAUCCCCCUCGGUCCUCACCCCCAACAGCAUGUUCACUGGGACCCCCGUACGGAGGCGCUACAGCCGCUCCGUCAGCCAAGAUAUAGUUGAUAAUAAGGAGUUCUACUUAAGCACAGAAGUUAGACCUCCAUUUACAUACGCAUCCCUCAUAAGACAGGCAAUAUUUGAAUCUCCUCGCAACCAGCUGACGUUAAAUGAAAUCUACAACUGGUUCACAAGAACCUUUGCAUAUUUCCGGCGUAAUGCAGCUACUUGGAAGAACGCUGUCAGACAUAAUCUCAGCCUCCAUAAAUGCUUUUUACGUUUGGAGAAUGUGAAGGGAGCCGUGUGGACAGUGGAUGAGAUCGAGUUCCACAGGAGACGACCUCAGAAAGCUGCUGGUACCGGGUCCUUGCAGAAAAACUCAUAUAACAACCAGAGCGUAUCGGGGUCUGCUCCUCAGAGUGGUGGUCUAGACGGCAGCAACUGUCUCUACAACCCUCUGGGCAGCAUCCCAUUUCACUCGCUGCCUCACCUCCUCCAGGAGCAGAUGAAUGGAGCCCUGGUUAAUGGGUCUGGAUACCAAAGUGACAGCAGCGCUACACAGUCCCCUCCACAGGCUUUCAUUAAAGAGGAGCAGGAGGAUGAGGAGAUAGGUGAAGGUUAUCCCUACGAAUCUCCGGAGAGCACAGACGAGCUCGGCCACAGCCCGGAGAUGAACCACGAUGAACACAUGGAGAUGCCCAAUCUUCAUUUCGAUCGCGUGCCUUCUCUCUGACCACGAGGUCCAAGACUCUCCACUGCGAGGCCGCCUCACUCACAGCCUGUGUGACUUUAUAUUCCCAAAGUUUCCAAAAAACGACUGCUUCAUCUACGUAACCAAACACUCUCUUCUAGGGGACAUUUUUUAUCAUCAUUUGUUUUAUUUUGUUCUUAAUCUAGUUAUUUCUGUACAGUAGAGUGAGAUCACAAAAACUUGUUUGUGAAGCUGUCUCUUAAUCAUUUUAUAUGUGUGUACACAAAAGGACCAGGAUGAGCAGAGAAGCCAAAGGAAAGGGAACAAGGCUGGUUAGCACUUCACAAUGAAAAGCUGCCCCCCUCUGUAUUGCUACUUAAUGCUAUGUUGGGGCCCUCACUACCUGAUUUUAUUCUAUUAGUCAUAAUAUAUAUAAAAAAAAUAAAAAUGUAGAGGUAAAGAAAGAGGUUGCUUUUUAAAUGAAAUUAUUCACUGCCAACAUGAUCUGAUAUUUGUAUUUAAAGUAUAAUCAAUUGAUCAAAAGAAAACGUAGCUUCUUUAUACUCGUUGGUCUUUUUUUCAUUCCCUCCACAAACAUUGCAGAAUUCGCUCUUAUCGAGCUUGUAAGAGUAGAUAAUAUAGAUUUAACAUUGUUGUAAACCAAUGCAUCUCUAUGAAUAAUAAAUCCCUCAUGAAAAAUGUG